ACAACCGAAGAGAUCCGGAAUGAAGAACUCCCACGCGAACGCAGAGUACGAGUCCUGCUACUACGAGGAUAUAACAAAAUCGUGGCUUAAUCAAACUAAAGGAUACACGGACUGCAGUUAUGGAUACAGCCAAAGUGUGACAUCAGCCUAUGUGGAUUACAAUAAAAUUGAGGCUAAUUGGUGUACCGAAUCCACCGAUCAAUGGUUACAAACUGGGGAAACUGAUGGUCACGAUGUGCCAAAACAAACGCAAAAGCUCCGAUCAACAACAUCGAAUCGGAAAGAACGCACAGCUUUCACAAAAUCGCAACUUAAAGAGCUGGAAUCAGAGUUCUGCUACUCCAACUACCUGACACGUCUGCGUCGCUACGAGAUCGCAGUGGCUCUGGAGCUGACGGAACGCCAGGUGAAGGUGUGGUUUCAGAAUCGCCGAAUGAAGUGCAAACGCAUCAAACUGGAGGAACAGAACGAAAGCGUCACCAAAACACAAUUUUAGUUUGUACAAGGACAUAUUUUAACACAAUUCAUCUUACAAAAUGUUUUGCUUACUUAACAACUAUAGUAAAGGUAUUUUAAGCUA